AUGGAGAAGGAAAUAAUUCCUGGUGGUAAUCCAGUACCCUCAGUGCCAUCUGAUUUCGAAGUAUGUGAUCAGAUUGAUCCAUCUGCAGAUGAGGCGAUGUACUCAGACACCUCACGGGAUGGAGGUUCUCAAGUACAUGGGCUUCAGCAAUAUGGAGUUAGCGGUGGAAAGACACUAUUAUCUUCUCUUCAGCAACAAGAGAUGUGUAAGGCAUCAUUGUGUCUCUUUCCUCUUGGUAACUGUGCCAAUAACAACAACAAUGCUGAUUCUACUACACCCAGUUGUUCUUUAUUUACGGCUUUAGUAGCUAAUGAAGAAAAAGCUGGAGGUUCUGUGGAGCAUUUGUGGGAAUUUCUUUCUCACACUUCCUCGUGGGGCCCAACCGCGUGUGGUUGUGUGUCGCCAUCAUCAUGGCGAACUCCAUCGGAAGUGAAAACAAUUCUAGAACAACUUCGGCUUGCAGCGUUUUUAGGUUUACGAGCCGUCAUGGUGCCUCUUCCUGAGAAUAAUGAUUCUGAUUCUGAUAGCGAUGAUGAUACUAAUAAUGAUAAUAAUAAUUAUGGAAGUGAUGGAGAUAGUGUGGUUGCGAGAGCUAUUUCUGUUCUCAGGGAACAUUUACGUCAUUCACCUGUUACAAACAUUUGGGUUCGCUGUGAUGCCUCUUGUUCUUCACAUCGUCUUAACUUCUCUCGUCUCCGUACGGUUUUGAUGUGGGGAAGUUCACUUCCUUCUUUAGCAGAGGCAGCUGAUUGUGUGGCCCGAGAAUCUGUUCAUAGAGUUUUUCCAUAUCUUUUCUUUUCUCAAACAUUUGGGGCAUUACCAUCGGAGUGGCUUGGAGAACCUGUGGUGGCGUUUGAAGUGCCGUCGGAAGAUAAGAUGAGGCGAGCAUUGUGUUCAAAUGCAAAGGAAGGAGUACAUUUACAUUUACCAUCUGAUGUUAUUCCUCUUGCGGUUUCCUUUUGGGCUACACCACAACCACGAUUUAUUACGUUGGGAUCUUUUAUGGUUGAAUUACUGCGUAGACGAGCUAUACCUGUUUUUGCUUUAACACAUUUCGCCGAUAUGUACAAUAUUAUGAAUCAAUUGUACAAACAAACAGUUAUAGAUAGUGGAAAAGAUACUUUUGCAGAUUUUGAAGAUGUUCUUCAACUACCAUUGCAACCUUUAGGUCAUAUGUUACCAAGUGGAACGUAUGAAGUCUUUGAGCGAGACCGCACAAAGUACCAACAAUAUCAUGCUGCAUUAGUGAGUUACUUUUCAAACUGGUUAUCACAUCGUAAAGAGCGUAGUCAUGCAUUAUUAUGUAAUCAAUGUGCUAAUGGACCGAAAUUUAUUAAAACCGAUUCUGUUUACAUUGUAUUACUUGGUGCUGGUCGUGGACCUUUAAUAGAAGAAUGUCUUUCUGCUGCUUCUGGUGUAGGUCUUCGAGUACAUUUAUUUGCAGUGGAAAAAAAUCCUGAAGCUCUUGAAUUUGUGCGUUUACGUUUACGUUCAGAUGUACGAUGGUCGCAAUGGAUGAAUACUUGUGGACAUGUUGUAGAAGUCAUUCAUGCGGAUGGUCGUACUAUUUCUUCACUAGCAGCAAAAGAAAAGAAUUUUCCAAUUGAGUGGGGUUUAUGUGAUUUGGUGGUUUCAGAAUUAUUAGGAAGUUUUGGAGAUAAUGAACUCAGUCCUGAAUGUAUUGAUGACUUUUAUAGUGAUCUUCAGCAAUAUCAGACUUCCAUGGGGAUUCCACAUAAUCCAUAUAUAGUAUCUAUUCCUCAAGCAUAUACGGCGUGGAUUGCCCCUUUGUACUCUGCAUGGAUGGAAUCCUCUGUGGCGACUGCUGCUAUAUCCGGAUUAACGGUAUUGCCCUCUUAUUGCAGUGAUAGGCGGGCGGCAUUAUUUCAUUCUAUGUUUGUAACGAAUAUCACUCGUGCAGUUGCUCUUUCUGAACCACAAGCCUGUUGGACAUUUCAUCACUUUACAUCUGAAGAAGAAGAAGAUGAUGAUGAAGAAGGACAAGAAAAACGAAAAGAACGUGAAGCUAAACUUACUUUUCAUUUAACAUCUGCUGGACGUUGUAGUGGGUUUAUUGGUUACUUUACUGCUCUUUUGUUUAAACCAGAUUCAGCAAUGAACACGGAUAGUAAUAAUAACAAUAAUAAUGUUGAUCCUGUUCACAUUUCAACAACUCUCUCAACUCUUUACCAGGGUCGAACACCAAAUAUGUUUAGUUGGUUUCCAUGUGUAUUUGCAUUAGAGCCAAGAGAUAUUUUAGAAGCAUCUGCAGGAGAUUUAUUACACUUACACUUGCGGCGUUGUGUUAACGUAGAGGAGAGUCGUGUUUGGUAUAGUUAUGAUGCCUCUAUAGAAUGUCCAGAGAAGGAUAAUAAGAAUAAGAAUAAGAAUAAGAAGAAGGAGGAGGAGGAGGAGGAGGUUGAUGAAGAGAGAAAGAAACCCACGAAUGCUGUGAAGAAAGCAACAGGAGUUGUGAAUGACAAGGGUUGGGCAGCUUCUAUAUUUCUUUCCUUUUAA